AUUUCCGGUUCUGAAAAAGACGCAGAACAUCUGUAUUUUGUGGUUUUAUUGAUUUAAGUUUGUUUUAUGAGUUAUGAACAAUGACAUGCAUGACUUCAAUUGCAUACAUCUUUUCAUGAGCUAAAGAUAUGAUCAUGUGAAACCAUUAGCACCGCUAAGAAAUCAUGUUCACAUUCAAGAACAAUUUGAUUCCUGGAUAAUCAUCCUGAAAAAGAUGCCCUGGCUUCGUAAUGGAUAACCCAGGUUUUAUGUCCAUCAACCUUGGCAUGAACCUGGUGUCCAGCCAGCCGUCCAACAGUGGUCAGUUGAUCCAACAGUUGCCAGGGAUACAGCAGAUCUUCACCCACACUGCCUCUGCCAAACCAGUAGAGGGCCUACAGAAUGUCAUUCAGCAAGCCAUCUUGCCUGCUAAUGGCCAAUCUGGGGUGGGCACCCCUUCUCUGUUGGCUGGGAACCAGUCAAUGAUGCCCCCGGGACUGCAGAUCAUAGGCCAGCCCAACCAGUCUGCCUUCCUAGCACAGCAGCAGCUUAUGACAGAACAGGCGGCACAGAAUCUUAACAUGGGUGGUCGUGGACUGGUUCCCAGUAAUUAUCAGUUUAUGCCCAGAGGAAACUUCACACUAGUAAACCAGCCUGUGCAGGGAACCAGUGUAGCUGUUCAACUGAGCCCACAGCAACUGGGAACCAAUCUAGGGGCCACAACUCUGUCACCCAUAGAACAUCAGCAACUGCUGCAGGCAGCUACCUUUGACACACAGUUGGCUGCUUUGCAGAAUCAACAGGCACAACAGGUUGCUUUCCACAAUGCAGCAGGACAGUUAAUGUUGGGCAGCCCUCAGCAGCAGCUUAUGCUUCAGAGUCCAAACCAGCAGUUCACUUUACAAAGCCCCUCCCACCAUUUCACCUUACAAAACCAGGGUCAGUUCACUCAACAGGGUCAAGGGGUGACCCAGUUCACUCACCAGGGUCAAGGCCUGGCACAGUUUACACCACAGCAUCACAUUCUGACGCAGGGUCACAACAAUAACCUCAUAGUCCAUGGUCAGAUCCAGGGGCAGAACACAGGUCUCAUAGUGCAAGGUGACAACUUCAGCCAAGGAUUGUUUGUACAGAAUCCUGUUUUUCACAAUAUCAACCAGCAGAUGUUUGCGUCUCCACCAAGUGUCUUCAACGGAAAUCAUCUCCAGGGGAUUUUUUCCCACACUCCGAAUAUCAUGAAUCAGAAUCUUGGCAUUAUGUCUCUGAACCAGUCACCAACAGGACUCAAAGGCUUGGAGAAUCAUGCUGAUAAAAUGGAUGCAAUGAGUCCUAAUACAGGGCUUAUGAACCAGCAGAUGCAAUUACUUGCACAGAUAGCCCACAAUUCCAAUCCUGGCAGUUUUCAGCAACCUGGCAUAAUGACCAAUGUGUUAAAACAACAGCCUCAGACAAUAAACAUUGUGUCUCAACCAGGAAGUUUGCCUGCAAACAGCAUGACCCAGAAUCCGUCCCUCCCAAGCUUUGGACAUUUUCUACUUCAUCAUCAUAUGCAAAGUCUUCCUCACCCUUUCUUACAAAACCUGACAAUUACCACAGCCUCAACUGCAAACAAUCCUUUGAAAUUUGAAGUGCACCCAUCUCAGGGGCAAAUGGUUUCACCGGUGGAUGUGUCCAGUAUAAAUGCUCAGUUUAACAAUUGGAACAAAGGACAGGUACAUGGAAGAACGAAGAAGCAGAGUGGGCAAGGAAGUGCCACUCCCAAGCUGGCCUCUAGUCUACCAUUUCUGACGCCCAAGACUGUGGCCCUUACUCCUGUAACAGUUUCUCCAGCAACUAGUGCUUGUACUCCUCCACCUCUGGUUACUGUGUCUGUGACAAUGACUACUUGUACAGUUGACAUUGUAGCUUCUAAAGCAAAAACCAGUGGUGAUAGCUCCUCAUAUUCAGCUCUCCUGAAGACCGUUUCUCAGCCCAUAGAACUGCAAAAGGAUUGUCACGGUGUCAGUGACAGAGCUCAGAGCUUGAUUUCUGUGCCAAGUGGAUGGACUCGAAAAGUAGAGGAGGAUUCAGUUGUUUAUUACAGUCCGACAUGCGAGCGCCUGACAAGCAGUGAAACUUUGAAGCAGUACCUGGGCAGUGAGGGCACAUGUAAAUGUGGUCUGGAGUGCCCCAUCCUGGUAGAGAAAGUGUUCAACUUUAGUACCAGUGUCGUCACGGUGACCUGGAACCCUCUCCCAGCAGAGCUAGCUACUGUACGGAGGGGAAGUUGUCAGCACAGGGGUGUCAGUGAAAGCAGGGCAACGAGUGCAGCUGAAAUGCCGGUGAGUGUUGCUGUAUCAGCAAGCACUGACCUAUCAGUCUCCAGUCUGCGUCCUGAGGUCUGCGUGGUACCCAGCAGCACGAUGAUGUCACCUCGCGUGUCCAGCACUGUACAGGAAAGCAUGCAAACAGGCAUUCAGCCUUGUAGGUGCAAAAAGUCUAUUCAAACAAAUGAGGAAUAUGAUCUGAGUGCUUCUCCUGAUAGCCUAACUGUACAAUAUCAGAAAGACAUUACAACUCAAUCAGCAACUGUCUGUGAGCAUGUAGCAGGCUGUGCAUCUGAGCAGGAGGAUGGCAGAAAUAUCCCUCAUGCACCUGAGGGCAUACAAAUGGAGUCUGCCUGUGAACCGAUACAGCCAGAAUUAUGGAUCAGUAACUGUGGUGAUAUCGCAGGAGCUGUCGCUGGAAAUAGAUCUGAACUUAUCGGUAAUCUGGUUGAAUGUGACACUCUCUGUGAAAGUUCCAGUAAUAAAGAUGUUUUGCAUGAAAAGUCUGGAACAAAAGUACAGCAUUUAGCCAAUCUAGCUGCAGGAGAAGUUGUUGACAGUGUACAUACCGCUAACAAAAGUGGUUCAAGGUCUGUGAAUCAAACGGUGCAAACAUCAAGCAUGAAUAUGUCAAAGGAUAAAGGUGCUAGGAAGUUAUCUGGAAAAUGUGAGCCCAUUACCAAGUCCUAUUCAGCAUUAGUAGCUUGUCUUAAUACACCAGUGAAGUGUGAAUCAUUAGUUAAAAAAAUAAAUAAAAAAUCAGUGCAUAAUAGCCCAUCUGUUAAAAAUUCAAUACAUAGCAUUGUGCGUUCAAAUGAAAACCGAAGACAAAACAGUCGUUCUGCUGUAAAUCUAGAAGGUUCUAUGGGUGUUGUCAGCUCCAGUGAAACAGCUCUUGUGGAUGCAAAAGUGCUGUCACCAGUUGUGGAUGUGUUCACGAGUGAAAUGUUGGCCCAUUUAAUACAGGACGGUGAGAGAGAUUCCAGUCUGGUGUCCUCGAUUGUAUCAGACUAUGGUCCUGCUAUAGUGCAGGCUGACCACACAAACAGUUACUCUGCCACUGAAAGUGUUCAAACGAUUUAUCCAGAUCUGAGUUCUAUUUCACAAUCUGGUAUCAAACAGAACAUGCUUUCACCAAAUGUUCUGAAGUCCUUUCAGACCAAUUUACUGGCAAAUCUUCAUAACCUAUCUAGUCCUCCAAACCAGCAAGUGUUUCCAGCCACUGAUGUCUCUCAAGGUUGUGUUCUUCCUAAAGGUUAUCAACAUGGUUCUCUGAAAAAGACUGUUUCAGAUAACCAAGGUGCAAUAAAUAAUCCUGAAAAUUCAUUAUGUGAACUUAUCAUACCACACAGCAUUUGUUGUACGACCGCUGAAGAGGUUGCAAAUUUAGCCAUGCUCAGGGAACAGUUGAAACUGUACCGUUCAGCAAAAGCAAGUGAUAAGCAAAAGCUUGACAAUAUCUUUGAUAGUGAUGUACCACCCCCAAAUGUUGAUGUCAGUCAACUGAAGGACAAGGGACAUGGUCCUAUUCCUAAGGAGAAAAUCGCAACAUCGGAAAACUUAUCUAGAAAUGUAAUCUCAGUGAGCAACUUAGCUACGACUUCUUUGAAAUGCUCUAUGUCUUCCAGCCAAAAUCUUGAUAACGAACAUUACUGUGAUGAAGCCUCAGAUUCCUUUGAAGCAACACGCUUACUGGAUGUUACACGAUCAGACUCUGCAUGCUCAGAUAGACUUCCGGUUGAAAGUCCAAAUGUCUUGUUGAUGGAUUCAGAAUCCAACAAUUCAGACCUCUCCACAAAGUCUCUGAUAGCAUCCAUAGCUAGUGUUCCUUUGACUCCUAUAGAUGCCUACAGGGCUAUCCCAGCCUCUGUAAAGAUAAAAGUGCACAAAGAGGAGCAUUUUUCUCUGCCAAUUGCUAGCGCCCCACCCACCCCGACAACGGUAGUGCAUCACACACCUGGGUCACUCUCUUGUCACCAGAUGUCCUUAAACAAAGCCCGCCAGCAUGUGCACACUCAUCAGACAUCACCAGCAGUGUCCUCCAGUGUAGACAAUAUCUCUAAUGUGUCCAGAGUAGAUCUGAUCAAUGACACAAGUAUUCUUAGUCCUCUGGCAGCCAUUCUCAGCAAUCCCACCAUUUGCCAGGCUUUCAAGCAGAUGUUUCCAGAAGUAAUGCAUGAAGCAGUGCUUCAGUCUUUAGGUUCAAUAACGCCAUCAUCUGGCCAAACGCUGCCUGCAAAAGAGUCUGUAGUGCAUUCUACUGAAUUAAAUUCUUUUGAAGCAUUUACGUCCACUCAGUGUUCAACAGCACAGCAACAGCCUGAUAUAAAAACUGGUAGAAGUCCUCAGCCUCACAGUAGGCCAGGUUUCCCAAUGACACAGGCAAGAUUACAUGCACCAGAAUAUCCUGCCAGUACUCUGUUAACUGCAGCUGCUAAAAACCAGUUUUUUCAACAGCAAAAUGCUCUUCGAAUAAUACUGAAUCAGCAGGCACAAGCUGUUGCAAAUGGCCACAGUUUUAAGUUGCAGGUUCCUGGGUCAGCUGUAUCUGUAAACAGUCCAAGGUCAGUGGCACCAGUUGUGAAUCUAGUACCACAUAACCCAGUAGUUUCCAAUAUUGAGAAGAACCCUAAGCCAAAAGGAUCAUCAACAAUAUCAGAGUUACUGAACAAUAGCAUUGUAAGUUCACAAGCUUCCUUACAAAACACUGUGCAGAAUGUUGACAAACCAUCGGGUGUUUUAGGACAGACUCAACUCAAUCCUGGAUUUCAGCUGCAAAUAAACCAGCCUUGCACAACGCAGUUAGGAAAACCUCACAACACAGGAAUACCGGUGUUUUCAUUUCCUGGAACACUGUGUGUUCAGCCUCAAAAGUCCCUUGGAGGAAUGAAUGUUCAGCUGCCAUCUGUUGGUAAUCAAAGGAACGAGACAGCAAACAUGAAUCUGGGAAAUCUGAACUCUCAGAUGCUUCAGCUGCAUUCAGCUCUGGGUCUACCUAUACAGCUAGCCAAUCAACAUCUAAUCCAGCAUGACAGUGGUGUGGGUAAUAUCUUACAGUUGCAGAACAUCUGUCCUAACUUUGAUAAAAACAUGCUUCAGAAUCUACCCUUACUACUUCAGCAACAAAGGCAGCAGCAGCAGUUUCCAAAUUUGUCCAACAAUGUGAACAUAAACAUGUCUAUACCAUUACUUGGAAUGCAUGGGGUACACCCUGGAAUGAUAAGUAUACCAUCUUCACAAUCUCAUCUGAAUGAACAGGUGAACUCCAACAACAUUCACUCUUCAGUUCCUCAAAUGAUACUCACAAGUCAGGGCAUUGGUCCAGGCAAUUAUGCUCCAAACAAUUCCUCAGUGUCAGCCAACUUGAGCAACCUUUCCCAGUGUGUAGGCAAUCAGUCCCUGCCCAUGAUGCCUGUGCCAAUCAAUGUUCAGCAGACAUACAGCGCUACUGGAACCCAGCUUACUGCUAUGCAGCUACAGACCCUUCAGCUGCAGCAACAGUUACUGAACCAGUUGCAGCAGGUUCAGGGAAUGCAAAAUCUUAUCAACCAGUUCAAUAUGCAGGGACUGGCAUCAGAUAAACAUGCUGGAGUUCUUUCAGAGGCAAAUGCUGCGACAUUUGUAUCAAACACAUUAACUGAUGGAGCGUCUGAGACUUCUUCUUUAUGCAAUGCUCCGGUUUCUUGUAAUUCAAGCAUUCCAACGAAUGCUACCAGCCAAUUUUGUUCCCGCGUUUCAGCUAGUGUCAGCUCCCAGUGUGUUAUAUCGUCUACCAAUGAAUUACAGACCACAAAGUCUGUAAGAGUUAUUGCUGCAGCUGACACUACAGCAGAUUGUAAUGAAACGACAGAAACUGUUGACAUAGGAACAGAAACUGAGGAAGUAGACCAAAACCAGGAUAAAGACAACGAAGCAGAGGAUGAAGAUGAAAAAUCCGGAUCUGAAGAAAGCCAUUUCAGAGGAAGGGGCUGUGGAAAGGAUGAUCAAGACGACGAAUCUAUUCACAAAAGUGAUGACAGAAGUGACUUAAAUGAUAGCAGAGAAGAUAUGGAAUUAUCAGAUGAUAAAGAAUUAGAAGACAUUUCUUCAGUUGCCCAUUCUGAAGGGUUUACCGAUUUAAAAGAAUAUUACAAACCACCUGCAAUGCAAUCGACAUUAAGUAGCUCACAGGUUGACUGUAUUUCGCCCACCCCAUCAGUCAAUAGUAUUUCGACAACAUCAAAAGCUGCAGCUACAUGCUUGGCUAUAGCAACAUGGAAAGGAAACUCAAGAUCAAGAAAACAAAGAUCUAGCCUUGCAAACAGUCAAAACCUAGCAGCAGAGCUUUCAACGCCCAGUAAAGGAGAGCUCAAACUAAAAAUAAAGAAAAAGCAUUUGCUUUCCAGUACUAUCAAAGAGGUGUUUUCGAAGAGACAAAAGAAGAGAACAAAAGGUGCUACAACUAAAGCACUAUUUGAGAAAAAGGAGCUCCGGUCUUCAACUCAAGCUGCUACCAAAGCAUCUUCAAUGUUGGCUGCCUGUUCAGGCGAUACGAAAGCAAACAAAACUGGAAAAGAAGAUAGUUCUGUUAGUGGUGGAAAUAUUUUUGAUAAAAACAAUGAUUAUUUUGUUGAAAGCAUUCAAACCCAGAAUGUGCAUAUGAAAAGUCAUUCAGAGACCAUGAACACAGAGGAAUUAGAGUGUGAUUCUUCCUCUAAUGCUUUGGAGAAUUUGGAUAUUAGUAUUGCUCAUAAAGAUGAAGAAAUCACAGAGAAGCAUCAGGUUGAGCUCACAUCACGGAUAGCCGCUGCUCUCUCGUGUCAGAAGGGACGCUGGUUAUUGUCAAGUGCAAGAAACAAAACAGAUCCAAGAGGGGAGUUAUCCAGUGGUGCUGCUGAUCCAUCAGUGUUGCAUGGCUUAAAAGGUUCCAAACGCUCCAGAGAGUCUAACGAACUUGAUCAAAACAAUGAUGAAGGUGUAAAGAGUGGCCCAGCAAGCAGCUAUGUUCACUCGUUCUCCACAGGGGACCUGGUGUGGGGACAGAUCAGGGGAUUCCCCUCCUGGCCUGGAAAGCUGGUGGAAACAGACACCAAGCAAGGUCUUGUGGCUGAUGAGGGAAAGCUGCUUGUGAAGUGGUUUGGUGACAACACGGUCACAAGGGUGGAGCCAGACAAACUGAAGACCUUGUCAGAGGGAUUGGAGGCCCACCACAGGGCUAGGAAAAAACACAGAAGGGGUCGCAAGAUGAACAGCAACUUAGAGCAGGCUAUCCAGCAAGCCAUGGCUGAACUGGACCGACAGACCAAUGAGCACACUAGUGACUCUCCCCUGCAGACACUGGGCCAGUGAGCGCACUAGUGACUCUCCCCUGCAGACACCGGCCAUCAGCAGACCUGUCAAGGUCAAUAAGUAGCUUUAAAGUUCAAGGUCAACCUUGGUUUGCAAUGCAUAGCUAUAGUAACGUUGUCUAGUUAUAAGAGUGAGUGUGAUCAGUUGAAGAAAUGUUUUCAGCUUGUAUUUUUUCCAUAGAAAUUUCUCUGAAUAUUGUCGUUAUUUGUCUUUUCUGAUUUAUAACUUUACCAUUUUGUUUUUAAAUGAUUCCAUCUCAAUUUUAUGUUUUAAUGUUAAAAUUUAACGUGUUUUGCAAGCCUACCCGCAUAAAGAGAUGUUUUCAUUCCACAAUGUAGUUGCUGUCAGUCAUAGAUAGAAUUAUAUAUUUGCUAUUUCCGUUUGCACAAGUGUGAUUGUUUCUUGUCGUUAUAAAUUGGCAAUGCUUGCUUACCUACCAGAUAAUCAGUUCAUUCAAUAAAUGGCAUUUUUGUCCGCUACCGGUUUCACCGGAGGGGACUUAUGGUUUGCGCUCUGUCUGUCUGUCUGUCAGUCAGUCACACUUUCUGGAGCCUGCGAUAACUUAAUUAUAAUAUAUAAAAUAUAUAAAAUUACAAAAAAAUAUAUAUAAACAAAUUAAAAGUUCUUCAUAUAUUUUUAUGAAACUUGAAACAUGGAUAGAUGGCAAUAUGGACAUUAUGCAGGUCAUUUCAUUUUGUUCCUACGUAAAAAAAUUCUGGUUGCUAUGGCAACAAUUAUAUAUAUAUAUAAAUCUGACAAUGGUGGAAUUUCUGACAAUGGUGGAGCCGGUAGGGGACAAAUAUUGCUUGGCAAUAGUCUUGUUGAAAAUGUAUUGUAAUAUUAAAAUUGUUGAAAAAAUGUAACCAUAUAUACUCAAUAGUUGUAGUAUUUGCUAUUAUAUCCUCAUACACAUCUUGAUAACAAAUAUUGCCUCUGGCUAAGAAACGUCCCUGAAUACCACAAUAUUACACCGCUAUAUCCUGCAUUCUGGUUGUAUGAGGCCUAGAGGUUGUGUAAGUCUUAACCCUUUACCACUUAGAGAUAUAUUUUGAUGCAUUUGUAGUCCCUUACAAAGUUAUAUUUAAUUUAAGACCUUUCUUAGUGGAUUCAAGUUUUCAAGGCUUCAUUUCCAAACCUUAGAUACUGAUGAGCAGCAAACAGCAUAAAACCUGAACAGACUGCGAGUUACUCACAGGCAGUUCUGGUUUUAUGCUGUUUGCAAAAGCCAUUUUCACUUGGCUUCUUAUUGGGGAAAGGGUUAAAUUAAUGGCAUGAAACACCCACAUAAAUUAGUCUGUGAGCUGCACAUUUUGCAUUUAGUGUAGAAAUAUAAACGUUGUAGCAGUUAUUUGUCAAAUCCUUAACAUGGAUGGGGUAAGUUCCAAAUCAAUGUUAACAUGAAGUUCGUCAUGCUAUAACCAGUCUUUACAAGUUGUUUAUCAAUAAUUGUGUAGUUGAAGUGAGGAGAGUGUAAACAUACAACCUUUAAUUUGACAUUAAGUAACUAAAUGUGAAAAAGACUUAACUUACAGUCAAAUAUUGGUUCAGAUGUUUGUUACAUGGUGUAUUUGUAUAUAUUAUGAUGUGCUAUUAUAGCUGUAUAUUGUUAAGUGUUAUUGUUGAUAACGUGCCAUACCCAGAUUUUUAUAUUAUAUAUUUGUUAAUAAUUUUUAUCUCUAUUUGGUGUUUUUUUCUUUGUCUACACAAGUACUUUCUCUAUCUCAGCAACCAAGAUUGUUCAAAAUAUUUUUUAUUGUUUAAUUGUGAUUCUGAUUAUCAUAUGCACUACAUUUGUUGUUUACUUAUAUAAUUAUGUAUUGAAGUAUGAAUGCCGAUCAUACAUGAUUUCAAAUUGAAUAUUAUUUUGUGGUAUAUUUAUGUGCUAAAUAUAUUGUAUACGAAAUAGUUGAUAUAAAUGCUGAACAGAUAAUAUAAGGAGUGGUGUUUUUAAAUGACAUUUACAAUGUGUUUCACUGUUAUAGCUACUGGCCUUUAGCAAACAGUUCAUUCAUAAUGCUAAAUUAUGUUUUCAUGCCCCCCUUCAAACAAGGUAGCAUGUACCAGUGGCACUGUACAUUCGUACGUCUGUCUGUGGGGAUGCUUUUAUUAGAUAACUUCCCACUGAUGGCUAUCAUCUCUAAGACUUAUUCACAUGAGCCAAUGAAUCAAUUCUGGUAAGCUUCCAGAACAUUUGUGGCAGAUGAAUCUUAAUUGUGUGUUAUAGUGUUGUGUUAUUGUUACAUGAAUCUCCAUGCUGUGGGUGGGAGUUCAUAGAAUGCAUUUAGAGUUUUGAUGAUAUGGCAUUUGUGUUAGUGUUAUUACAUACAGUUUUUCUUUUUAAUAACAAAACCAUUGCAGGUGUGUGACAUUUUAAUUUUUAGUUUACUUGAUUGUUUUGUUGAAGUUUGUGCAAUAGUAUGUACAUGAAAAGAAGAAAGAAGUGAAGAUCUGUGUUUUCACAUUGUUGUAUUUGAGCAUUUCAGGAGCUUCAAAUAUAUGGCUUGUUGUUUAUAUUUGUAUUGUGACACAUGGCUUGUUAAAUCAUGUUUUAAUGUAUUUCAUAAUGAUAUAUAUCUUUGCAAACAAAACAGUAUGAUGAAUAAGUGCAACUUCAUAGUUAAAAUCAAUAUCAUGACAUCCUGUUAUAAUAUAGGUGAAUAAGAAAAACAUUGAAGGAUAGUGCAAAUAAAAAAUAAUACAUUUUCAGACUUAUUUACAGUUUUGUGAAAUCAAAUCUUAUUGUUAAAAAAACUAAGUAUGGUUUCAGCCUAAUUUAAAUAAAAGAAGUCGUUUGUGAUUAUCAUGAAGCAUUUAUUACUUUUAGGAAUUUUAGUGUAAAUAAAUAAGAAUUUUAACAUAUUGUCUUUAAAUAAUGUUACUUGCAACAGGUAAAUAGUUAUCUACAAAUUGUUCAUGUUAACCUUGCUGUAAUUUCCAGUUGAAUGGCAUUUCCCGGUGAAUAAACAUGUUUUGUAUAAGAUUGUAAAAAAAGGGUGAACACCUAGUGAGAAAAUAUGUUAUUGUUUUGUUGUGUUGUUGAUAUUAAACAAUGUUUUAUAUACAGAUAGUGCUGUCUGUAGUAAUAUGUGUGCUGUUUUUAUAUGUUAAUUUGUUUAUUCGUUUUUCUGUUUCAUAUCUUAAACCUGUAUUUGUUUAUUUGUUGACCACUGCAUUGAACUGUUGUGUUUUGAUGUAUUCAUUUUAAACACAUAUGGGUAGAUAUUUGGUUGUGAGAGAUGAGUAUUAGAAAAUGGCAGAAAAGUAUAUCAAACUGGAUGACUGCUAUCAAUUGAAGUCACAUGAUGUACGGUUCAAAACCCAUUGAUUUGCGUAGAGAUUUCUCAUACACUGUGUUCUGAUCUGUAAUUACAACAAAUUUCCCCAGUCAACACAUAUGAACAAUGUGUAGAUGAUGAGUAAAAUGACGGUGUUUAUUGAAGUCAGACUGAGAAACACCUUAAUAUUUCAAUUGAGUUUGGUUUAAGUAUUUCACUUUAAUUGUAAUUAUUAACCUGCCAGUGUGAAAUUCAGAUUUUAUUUUUGAACAAAUAAUAAGCAAGGUCUCUGACAGUAACUAUUGUAUCAGUAAAGUUAUUACCGUCAAAGCUUCAACCUAAAUUACCCUUUGUAAAUUGUAUUACUAUUUGUAGAUGAAUAAAUAUCUAAUUAACGUUUCUUUUAGAGUGGCUACUGCCCAGUCCAUAUACCGGUAAACGUACUCCCAGAGCCUUUGAUAAUUUUUGCUAUGGCGACUCAGCAACCCUUUGGGUUAUAAAGCUGAGAGUUGAAUUAUUGCAAUUAGCUACUGUCUUGCAUGCUGUACAUCUCCUGUAGGAAGAAUUCACAAAAAUCACAAACACCUGAAGAAAGUUAUUACACUAAUUUUUCCACAAAUAAAAAAACUCCAUAUUAUAAUGAUUUAUUUUUUAUUUAAUUCAAAUGUCGGGUGUGGUUAUUUGAGUUUUACAUGCUUUUAUUUGUAUCGAUAUGUAAAGAACGCACAAGAGUUUUAUUUUAAAUAUGCUAUUUGGAAAUUCCUAUAAAAUAUACAUGUAUUAAAUACUUUAUCCGAUCGGUAACAUGUUUUCUAUAAAUGUACUCGAGAACUCAGAUGCAAGUUUUUCUGUUUGUGCCAUACAUUCGCUCUGCUUCUUCUACCUUGUUAUUCUCUGUCAAACUGUUCUAUAAUUAAUUGCAUCUUGCGAAAAUAGGUCUUAUUCCGUACGCGACCAGCUUAGCUACAGGACAGCAUGCACAAUCGCGCAUUCUGGUCAGGAGCUAUUCUUUCACUUAUGAGACCACGAAAUUUGCGUGACAUUUGAGCGGACAGCGUAGCUCCUGACCAGACUGCGAGGAUAUGCAUUCGGUUUACAACCCUUUUUCGCAUGACGCGUUUCAAAUAAUCCGUGACAUUUAAUCUUUGUGUAUGUGUUUCCUUUUGCUUUUAACUAUUUACGGAUUUGUGGAAUAAAAACGAAACCACUG